AUGGCGGACUCCACGACUUCAGAAACAGCUGAUGAGGUCGUGCAAGGCUACCUCAAGGUCAUGAAACAGCACUAUGUGGCGGUGUCACUUACUGUACUCAGAGACAUUCCUCUCGAUAGUCACAAAUGGAUUGUUGACAACUACGUCAGCAGAAUCUUCCAGAUUCGCAUAGACCUGCAAAACCACCACAUCAUGCGCAAUAAGGGAUCCUUUGAUAGCCAUGACCUUCAGGCUCUUACCGACGAACUUGUUGAGGAGGGCGUUCGACGCGACGAAGCCGCGAAAGCUGAGAAAUCUGAAAAAGACUCGGUUAACAAAUCGACUGGGAACAAGAACGGGUACCUCCGCGAGACAUACAAGGUCACCGAUGUUGGAGCUCUUGAGGCUGCAGAGAGAAGCUUCGCAGAGCUCAAUUUCGAUCCCUCCGAGCCAGUGAUGGCUUUCGUUGGUAAGGUUUGCAAACUUCAAGAAGACAUCAACGACGCGCAAGGCACCUGCUCGGACUUGACGGUCAUGAACAAGAUCACUCGAAACCUACCAACCGAUCAGUACUCGGCCUUCCUCAAUCGUGUUGAGAUGUACAACAGUACGCCCCAUUCCACGCCUAUGUUGUUGAAACGACGAAUAUAUGAUCGCCCUUGUGGGCAUACAGAGGUUGAGCGUGGGCUGCAGAACGAAGAAUUGCAAGCAGGGAACGAGAACCAUAGCGACAAGAAGAGCGAAGCAAAAGGCGACGAACACGAGAAGAAGGGCAAGGUCGACCGCGUAGAGAUCCUAAGCCAGAUUACCGACCUGCAGGAGCAGCUUGCUAAGUUGACACUGAAGUUGCUCUGA